AUGCGAGAGGCAAGAAGAAGAAGAGCGGCUUGGCGCUGGUCUCCACUGCUCUCAGUUCUUUCGGUGCUAGUUCAAACUGCCGUGCACGUCAAUGCUUCAUGCUCACCGACACCGUAUGACUUGACGCCGACUGGAAUAUCGCGUCCCAACGGAGAUGUGUUUGCGAAUAACGAUCAUGUGAAUGUGAGAACAACUAGCGGAAUCACGAUCAACAUUCACUUUGAACAAAAGUGCAAAAAUAACGAUAAGCAUGAAUGUGCUGGUGCAAAACAUCAGAUUGCCUCAUACAUCGGGAGUCAGACCGUGCCAUGGGAGCUGUUUGGAUUGAACGGAGGAGAUUGUGUUGCAUGGGUUCAGCUUGCAGACUACAACGAACAUUAUGGAGAAUGCGGUGAGCCAGCAUACUGCAUCCCAGAAGAAGUGUCCACAACUUUUGCGGCAACGAGUACAAGCGAUCUUAUCUUUCGCAGUUGCACACCGCCCAUCGAGUACGGCGUAUCGGCGCUCGGCAUUACCUUGCCCGACGGUGAGGUGUUUCAAGACGGUGACCUGGUCAACGUCAAGGUCGUGCAAGGCCCGGCCACGCCGGUGCAGCUGAGGACACAGUGCAUUACAAGCAGCACGACGCAGUGUGCUGGGGUUCGACAUGCUGGGGCUCAGUACAUUGGUCAGAGCUUCAUGCCUUGGAGCGUGUUUGAUCUCGAUGACGAUGCGUGCAUUCAAUGGAUUGACAUUCAUGGGCAUGGGUUUGAGACUCAGUAUGAUAUCAAAGACUGUGAAUCAUUGUGUGAAGAGACGGUGGCCUCGACGAGCUCAACAUCAAGCACCUCGAGCACCUCUAGCACCAGCUCAAGCAGCUCAAGCAGUUCGACCAGUUCGACAAGCUCGACAUCGAGCACGACGAGCACAAGCUCGACCAGUUCGACCAGCUCAACCUCGAGCACAAGCUCGACUAGUUCGACCAGCUCGACUUCGAGCACCUCGAGCACAAGCUCGACUAGUUCGACAAGUUCGACUAGCUCGACAAGCUCGACAUCGAGCACAAGCUCGACUAGUUCGACCAGCUCGACUUCGAGCACCUCGAGCACAAGCUCGACUAGUUCGACAAGUUCGACUAGCUCGACCAGCUCGACCUCGAGCACAACGUCGACCAGCUCGACGAGCUCGACGUCUAGCACUACUUCGACGAGCUCCACCUCGAGUACGUCAUCGACCUCGAGCACGUCAUCGACCUCGAGCACAUCAUCGAGCACCAGCUCGACGAGCUCCACCAGCUCGACCAGCUCCACCAGCUCGACCAGCUCGACCUCGAGCACAACGUCUACUAGCUCGACGAGCUCGACCUCGAGCACUACUUCGACGAGCUCCACCUCGAGCACGUCGUCGACAUCGAGCACGUCAUCAACCUCGAGCACCUCUAGCACGAGGUCGACGAGCUCGCGACCAGCUGACUACCAGCUCUACCAGCUCGACGAGCUCCACCAGCUCCACCAGCUCCACCAGCUCCACCAGCUCCACCAGCUCAACGGAAAGUACGUCAUCUACCUCGUCUACAUCAAGUACAUCGAGUACAAGCGAUCUUAUCUUUCGCAGUUGCACACCGCCCAUCGAGUACGGCGUAUCGGCGCUCGGCAUUACCUUGCCCGACGGUGA